GCCGCACAUCAGCCAACCUGUGCCUGACGUCUGAGUGCAUAACCGCGGCGUCGGAUCUCCUGAAAAGUAUGGACCGGAGUGUCGACCCGUGCUUUGACUUCUUUGACUACGCGUGCGGUGGUUGGACUCAAACCAAUGCCAUCGAUGAGGACGAGUCCCGCACCGACACCUUCACUGUUAUGCGCAAUGAGUUGACCGAUAAGUUGAGAACAAUACUCGAGUCGCCCAUUGAUGGCAAGGAAUCCAAUGCCACCAAAAAAGCUAAGAUUUUGUACACGUCUUGUAUUAACGAAGACCUCAUUGAGCAAAGAGGUUCCCGGCCUUUACUGCAAUUGCUGGAUGACCUAGGUGGUUGGCCUCUUUUGAAACAGGCUCACACUGGCGCCCAUAAUGGACCCAGGUCGACCGCAAAUACAUUCUCAUCAAUCAAUAAUUGGGUGAGAAUCAUGGGCAUUUUAAGGCAAUACAACAACGAGAUUAUUAUUGGCCAUAACGUUGGUCCGCACGAGUAUAACGCGUCUACCUAUGCUAUCAAGCUAUACCCGGCCACGUUAGGCCUGUCCAGCGCCGACUUUUACCAAAACACCAGUUCCCGUCAAUACAAGGCUUAUCACAAACUGGUGGUCGAGUACACCCGCCUACUAAACGCCCCGAACCUGACCAUUGAGGCGGACAUUGAGGACAUACUGUUGUUUGAGUCACGACUGGCCAAUAUAUCCCGACCCUACGAGAAAAGUGGCGGCGCCUCCUAUCAGCGCAUGCCUAUCAGGAAACUCACGCGACUUGUGCCCCAAAUAGACUGGAAACUGUACCUCGAGUUAGCCAUACCGGUGCCCGUCAACGACACCGAGUUUGUCGGCAUAUAUGGUUUGGACUAUUUUGUUGACACACAGGAGCUCAUUGGACAGACACCUAACCGGUAUUUAGCAGACCUUGCU